AUGUAUGUGAAAUGGUUUGAUACAGUAAUGUGUUACUUAUGUGAUUUUAGUGAAUGUCACUUUUUGUCAUUUUCAAAUUUCCCGCCGUUCCGUCCCCCGUAUGUCCUGCCGCUCGCAGGGGACGGAACCCAGAUGACACAUGCCAGCAUCCGCCGGAUUACAUUGCCGGGGCACUGCAGGAGGGACAUCGUGGGAGCGCAGGACAAGGUAAGUGAUCGAGGAAUCAUAGAGCAGCGCCGCAUGGUAAGCCCGAGUGUAGGGUUACCGCUUGUGCUACAAUUGGGAAUACUGCCAGGGAGGCUA